UUCCGCCUGAGCGGACCCGGAAGAUUCGGAUGCAAGUUUCCUCAUAUGUGCAUCCAUAUGUAUUCUACAUUUUACGCUGAUCUAUAAUAGUAAACACAUUAAAAAUGUUAUCGUUAGAUUUCCUUGACGAUGUGCGGCGCAUGAAUAAGCGGCAGCUGUAUUACCAGGUUUUGAACUUUGGUAUGAUCGUGUCGUCCGCUUUGAUGAUCUGGAAAGGACUGAUGGUCGUCACCGGAAGUGAGAGUCCCAUCGUAGUCGUUCUCAGUGGCAGCAUGGAGCCUGCGUUCCACAGAGGAGACCUGCUGUUCCUCACCAACCGGGUGGAGGACCCCAUCCGGGUCGGGGAGAUCGUCGUCUUCAGGAUAGAGGGCCGCGAGAUCCCCAUAGUACACAGAGUACUGAAGAUUCAUGAAAAGGACAACGGCGACAUCAAAUUCCUGACCAAGGGGGACAACAACGCGGUGGAUGACCGAGGUCUGUACAAGCAGGGCCAGCACUGGCUGGAGAAGAAGGACGUAGUGGGCAGAGCCAGAGGGUUUGUGCCGUAUAUUGGAAUCGUUACCAUUUUAAUGAACGACUACCCCAAAUUUAAGUAUGCUGUUCUCUUCAUGCUGGGGCUCUUUGUAUUGGUCCACCGGGAAUGAACAGGGUUACAAGGAAGCCAUGUCCUGAGGAUGGGAGGCUGCGAGUAAGAAAGGUCUCUGUCGAACAUGAUGCGGAUCCAGCUUUGUCCAAGAAAAAUGUCAACCAUUGCCUGUCAAAAACAACUUCUGUUUAGUUUCAUUUUUUUUUUUUUU